AUAGCGUCAGAGUGCGGCUUAGGAAGUAGUUCUUGUGUAGAGGACGUCCGAAAGUUGUGCAGUCAUGCCAUUUAUUGACAUCCAGAGCAAAGUUGGAAUCAACAUAGAUAAAUGGCUGCUACUACAGAGCUCAAAGCAACCAUAUCGUUGGACGACUUCAUGCCAUGCCUUUGAGAAAGAGUGGGUAGAAUGCUCCCAUGGUAUUGGGCAGAUCCGAGCACAAAAAGAAUGCAAGUUGGAAUAUGAAGACUUCUAUGAGUGCAUGCACAGAAACAAACUGAGACAGCGGUUGCAGGCAAUUCAAGAACAGAAGAAGAAGCUGGAGAAGGAAGGAGUAUAUAAGGCACCAGAUUUCACCAAAGAUAGCAACACCCCUUAAUCUGUUAACAAGUCAUGAACCUUGUUCAUGAGAGCACCAACAAGUUAUACAGUACUUUACAAUAAUUAUUUACUCUUGUUGUUGUGAAUCCCAAGAUUACAUUUUGCAAUUAUUAAAAUGGCCCAUUCUAGUC